AUCCACUUCAGAAAUUUCUAACCUAAACAAAUAGCAUAGGUUGGCAUAAGUUUCAACGUGUUGUGUUUUUAUUUAAUACUGAAACGUCGCUGUUAUACUUAUUUUUGAUAAAAAUAAAUCAAAAUGCAAGGUCCAGCGGUAUUUAUAGAUUUAUCCCUUGAAGAUCAGGCGCAGGAAUUACGCAAAUAUUUCAAAGGUAUGGGAGCCGAAAUCUCGGAGGAAAAGUCACCGAAAGGCAUAGAAGACGACCUUCAUAAAAUUAUUGCAGUUUGCGAUUCUUGUUUCAAAGAAGGGAACGAUGUGGAAAUCGAUGCUGUUCUAAAUAGCAUUGUGUCAAUUAUGGUUUCUAUUUCUCUUGAACGAGGAGAAAACCUAAUCUUAGCAUUUUGUGAAAAACUUACAAAAGCGCAACAAUACAAUUUAGAGCAAGUAGCACUCCAAUCUCUAUGGAGACUUUUCAAUAACUUAGAACAGACAUCACCCAACCGUUACCACGUCUAUUACCAUGCUAUUCAAGUUGCAAAACAAGCAAACGCUGUAUCAGAAGUGUUUAAGAGUGUUGAAAAUUUGAAUCAGCAUUUUGCUCAGUGUCCUCCGAGCACUGAACAAAUGCAAAAAUUAUACAGGCUGCUACAUGACGUUUUGAAAGAUUCACAGAGCGAAUUAGCAUCUAAAGUUAUGAUUGAACUACUUGGUACAUAUACAGAUGCAAAUGCUUCAUAUGCUAGGGAGGAUGCAAUAAAAUGUGUCGUAGCAGCAUUAGCCGAUCCCAAUACAUUUUUGCUCGAUCCUUUACUUGCUUUAAAGCCUGUAAGGUUCUUAGAAGGAGAUUUGAUUCACGAUUUGCUAUCAAUAUUUGUUUCAGAAAAAUUGCAAAGCUAUAUUACGUUCUAUAAAAAUCACAAAGAAUUUGUGCAUUCACAAGGUUUGAAUCAUGAGCAAAACAUGCAAAAAAUGAGAUUGUUAUCAUUCAUGCAAUUGGCUGAAACUCAUUCAGAAAUAUCUUAUGCAACUCUUCAAGACGAAUUGCAAAUUAAAGAAGAAGAGGUAGAACCAUUUAUCAUCCAAGUGUUGAAAACAAAGUUGGUGCGAGUGCGCAUAGAUCAAACUUCAAAGAAAGUAUUCAUUUCUUCCACAAUGCACAGGACAUUUGGUAGAGCCCAAUGGCAAAAUCUUAGGGAUAUUCUUCUUUCUUGGAAACAAAAUUUAAGUGUCACACAAGAGGCAAUGAAAACUGUUGCGCAAGCUCAAGUUGAAAUUAUGAACCAACAAAAAAACAUUUAAAUAAUUUAUAUUAUUAAUUCAAUUUGGAAAGUGAAA